UGUUUAUAUUAUUUUUAUUUUUUCUCAUGCCUAUUGCUUUCAUGCAAAAAUUAAUAUCAAUUCCCACCGCAAGGUUUGCUGAUUUGUGAAAUAGUUUUUUCAUUUUCAUUUUCAUUUUCAUUUUCAUUUUCAUUUUCAUUUUCAUUUUUAUUUUUUCUUUUCGUUUUUAUCGUUUCGUGAGUGAAGUUGCAAAUUGAAAAGAAUAUUAAUAAUGGAGUUAAAUUUUAGAAAAGAAAUGAGUGCCUACGAAAGGGAAAGAGAGCGAGAAUGGUUGUACGCUCAACCAUUAUAUUUGACGAAACAAUUAUUGUUGAGAAAGAUUCAUUUAGAGACAAGAAAAGUUUAUGCUGAGUUUCUUAAAUGUGAAAAGGACAACCGAGUGCAUGAUUGGACUUGGAAACACCAACGAGAAUACUACAUGCAUUUCUAUAACACAAAAAAUUCUUCGAUACGUGAAGAUAUAAAGUUGUUAGGAAUAUUGGAAGAAACUGAGAGAAAAAUUGCUUGGUGUCAAUAUGAGGCAAAAUUAACACCAAUCACAAGGGAUGGAACUUUUAGGGAUCUGCAAGCUCUCUACCCAGAAGAAGUUGAAGAAUAUGAAUGGGGUCCAACUAUGUGUAAUGCCAACACAACCCUUAAUCAGUUUGAAAGAUUUCUCGAUAAUCAUAAAUAA